GCGAUGGGGAACCUGCAGGGAGUGCUGCACGAGCCCGCCCACACCUGUGCCCUCAGCCUCUGCUCCCGGCAACGGGGCUCCGUGCCCGAGGACGGCGCCGGCUGCGCCAAGGCCAGCUCUGUGCCUGUCCGCCCCAUUGAGCCCCCAAGAUACUCACGGAUCAAGAACUGGGAAGUGGGUACCAUCGCCUACGACACGCUCAGUGCCCAGGCCACGCAGGAGCUGCCCUGCAGUGGGAAGCGGUGUCUGGGCUCCCUCUUGUUCCCCAAGAAGAUGGUUUGCCAGGCAGAUGAGGGGCCCCCACCCAAGGAGGAGCUGCUGCCCCUGGCCCGGGACUUCAUCCACCAGUACUACAGCUCCAUCAAGCG